ACCUUUAAAGGUGAUGGAACUUAUUACAAUGCUGGCGUAGGCUCCUGUGGUCUCACCAAUACUGAUCAUGAUAUGAUUGCUGCCUUGAAUGCUCCUCAAAUGGGUGUAGUCCCUAAUCCAAACAAGAACCCUAACUGUGGAAAAUACGCCAAGGUGAAAGGACCCAAGGGAACUGUCCGUGUCAAAAUUGUCGAUACUUGUCCUCCUUGUAAGAAAGGAAGCCUUGAUCUUUCUCCAGCUGCCUUUGCCAAAAUCGCUGAUCUUGCUGCCGGUCGUGUCCCUAUUUCUUGGUCAUGG